UGUGGACCCUAAACUUGCCCGUGUAUGCCUGCUGGAAAUCUAAAACACCUAACGUAAAUAACGAUCUUAUUGUUUCUGACUAACACAUUAAACUACGCGUUUAUGUUUAACGUAUUAAUUCUGCGUUAUUCCGUUUCGACGACGAUCAAACGCACAAACGGGAUUACAUUCGCCUACAAUUCCCAACCUUUUUUUAACUCGAUUCCUAUUGGCUGCGCGGUCUGUCAGUCAGAGGGAGGCGCUUACCCCUUCGCUCCUACAGUAAAUAUUUGUGUUUGCUCAGCCGGCUGUAAUGGUGGACGACUGAGAAAGGAAAGGGGAGAAAUAUAAUCGGAAGAAUUGAAUCCCAGACCAAACACUACCGUCCGCGGCUCGGAAAUACACUCCGGCGAACAUGGAUGAACUAAAACAUCAAGUGAUGAUAAACCAGUUCGUCCUGACAGCUGGAUGCGCCGCAGAUCAGGCCAAACAGCUUCUGCAAGCGGCACACUGGCAGUUUGAGACAGCCCUCAGUGCCUUUUUUCAAGAGACUAAUAUCCCAUACGGUCAUCAUCAUCAGAUGAUGUGUACACCAGCAAACACGCCGGCGACUCCACCUAACUUCCCUGAUGCUCUCACCAUGUUCUCCCGCCUCAAGGCAUCAGAAAGCUUCAGCAGCAGCAGCAGCCCUAGUAUGGGGUCUAUGGCCACCUCUCCCCCUCCACCUCCGGUCAGCUGGGGCAUGACUCCACCCGUGGCCAGCCAGCAGGGAUUUGGACUCAGGGCCCUCCUGGCACACAGGCCCACCCUCCCCCGGGCUGGCCAUCCACCGUCAACCAGCAAGCAGCCGCUGAACAGAAGGCCAGCGUGGCCAUGGAGGCCGAGAGAUGAGGAGUAGGACUACACGGCCCCUCUCCCCACUCUCACUGGGGUGGCAGAAAAAAGGAGGAGUGAGGCGAAAGGUGGGGGUACGAUUAUAGGGAGGAGGGAGGGGUGGGACAAGGGGAACUCGCUUUGUCCUCUCACCUUAAGAAGAGGUGAGAAGGAUAAAGUGAUACAAGCAAGAAUCCACCAAGCAACAUGGACAAUUAAGGGAGGGGUGAAGUCCGACGGUGAAGCAAGAAGAAUGAUGACGCUUGUGGUACAGGAGGAGGACCAAAUGGAGAUGGACUCUACGGAGAUGUGGUACAUCAUGACUAGAAAACAGCAGCUCCAGGCUCGGCGUGCUCUCCUCCUGGGGCUGCAGGAGUUCCUGAGAAAAAACAAUUUCAGUGAAGGAAAUUUCAAUCAGAAUGAGGACCAAGGACUGUGCGAGCUGGCACAAAUAGAAAAAGAGCUACAGAGCCUGUCUGAAAGAGAGGUGGAGCUGAGGAAUGGGAUGAGUUUACAGGAAAAACAAUCUACCCUUACAGAGAUUACAGAGGACUCGUCUGCCACCGGCCAGAGCCCACCUGAGGAAGAGCUGAAAUCCACUACACCUGUGCCAGAGGUGGUAGAGGUGAAGGAACUGUCCUUUUCUCCAGCCAUGGUACACUGUCCCAACUGCCAGCAGCACGUUACCACUGAGAUUCAACACAAAGUGGGCAAAACUUCCUUUCUCCUCUGCUAUCUGUCUGCAUUGCUGGGCUGUGUAGGUGGAUGCUGUCUGUUGCCCUUCUUUCUGAACUACUUUAAAGACACCUGCCACUAUUGUCCCUCCUGUCACACUGAAAUCCAAAACGUCCCCCGGAUCUAAACAGUCCGCUGGAAUUCCAACUGUUUCCAAAAGGACGGACCUGUAAGAAAGAGAAACUGUUUUAUGAUGCAGGAUUUGUGGACUCACCAGAGCUUUUUUUUUACUCUACAGAUCGACAAUAAACACUAGAGAUUAAUUCACCGUUGCAUAUUUGAUCUCACAGAAUAUUACAUUUCCAAACAAGAAAUAUAUUAUCAUUCAUAUUAGAGCUCAGUAUUAUUGAUGUGUUUUGAAAAAUUGUGAAAAUCCAAAAUAAAAAAGAUUUUACUUGCUGAUUCAUUUUGUGGGAACAUCUAACUAAACACUGUAUUAUUAGAUCAGUAGGUUGAACAAUGUAAUAUUAAUAAAAAGGUUCUUCUAACAUCCUCCGAGCAUAGACAGUGUGCGUAUAUCAGAUGUUAAUGUAUGUUUUGUGUACUCACCCAAAUUCUGUACAGGAUAUACUGAUGACAGGAAAGGCAAAUGUUGGUUGGUUAAUCAAUGAUUAAUUCACAACAAUAUAUUGUGUAUGCAGCCAUCACCGUCUCUGUAAAUAUGUCCUCACAUCCAGAACAAUUAGGAUUAGCCUAAACUACCAAACUCCUUAUGUGAAUACUGGAGAAUA